CCGUUUUUCACACUCGUUUUUCUCUAAACCUCUUAGUUUCGGAGAUCCCCUAUUCGGAUAUCCAAAAUGCAGCACCUUCUACAGGUUUUAAAUUUAAUUUGACAAAAAUGUCAUAAUAUAGGGACUCUAGUCCUACUAACCUUUUUUUUAAUGUCAGGAAUGAAAUUUAUAGACAUUGAAGUUUUGACAGAUUUUGUCAACACAACAACUAUCUCCAUUUUUGAAAUCAAUAGAAAACCGUAAUGGGCGAAGAUUUCGGUGAAGGUGGACCUCCAGUUCCUGGCGAAGGCGUCCGUCAAUUCCGUCCCCCAACCGCCCCCUCAAUCCCCGAAGUAAUCAAAGAGAAAAUACUAACAUUCGAAGAAGCCUCCAAAUGCCUCAACACCCUCGGCAAAGAUGAAACCGGAAGCCGCUACGCCUACUUGAUGAUAACAGCAACAAAUCGCAAACUAACCGAUGUCUCCAUAAUCCUCCGCUUCAAACACGUGCUAUUCCUCGAUCUCAGCGGCAACUACCUCACCACUGACGCCCUCACUGUCCUCACUGAAAUGCCCUUCCUCAUACUCCUCAAAGCCGAGAGGAACCGAGUCGAUUCAGCCGCCCUCAAACCCAUGCCCUACCUCCAGGUCUUAGCCCUCAACCAAAACCAAAUCAAACAGGUGGGAAACAUCGACCAACCCCUGCUUGACUGCCUCGAAAUGAACUACAACGACAUCUACAGCACGGAAUUCGAAACUGCCAAUUUGAAGCAAUUAAAACAACUGGAGAUGAGAAGUAAUCUCUUGUUUGAAAUUUCGGGGUUUUACCCACCUAACCUACGGAAACUCUACAUGGCUGCCAAUAAAAUCACGACGAUAAAUUCGCCAGAAUUUGCAAAACUUUCGCGUCUGGAAACACUUCAUUUGCGAGAGAACAGCAUCCAGAAUUUGGACGGUUUCUCCGAGGCUCAAACUAGUCUCAAAUAUCUCAAUUUGCGGAACAAUAAAAUCGAAAAAUUUAAGGAGUUUCGAAAAUUGCAGUGUUUACCAAAUUUGGAAACUUUGAUCGUCACUGGAAAUCCGCUCCCAGGGAGUGAAGUCCCACAAAUGGGUGGUGAAGGUGGUGGUGGGGGAGUGUUUGGUGAAGGGGGUAAGAUCAGGGAUCCGGUGGUGAUUCCACUCUUGGUGUUGUUACCAAAGCUAAAGAGGAUUAAUAAAACGGUGAUUACAAUGGAGGAUAGGAUUGAUGCUGAGGAUAUGGAGAAUGAUGUUAUAGAGGCAUUGUUGAGGGAUGAUGAGACGGCUCAAGACACAGAUAGGGAGACGACGACUACGGAUUAUAAGCAAGAGUCGGAUUUGGAUGGGUGAAGUAUUGUUUUAGUUAAAUACUCACAUUCGGCCAUUUGGUGAUGAAGUUUCAACAACGUGAUCUGCAAUAAAAUGAAAAUGCUGAAAUUAUUUCUGAAAUGUAUUUUUUAAUCUUGUAUUUUCGUUAUAAUAAAAACUAAUGUGGUUAUUACUAAAAGUCUA